AAGAGACCGUGAUGGGAAGAAUAUUUGCUUCAGCAAGGUGGGCUUUUUAUCAUUUAUAGUCGUGGUCGUCAAUUGUACUGCAGAAAUGAAUUGAAAGUCACAGAAAAUAGAGGUUGUGGUGGCAGCGGUAGAGAAGUACUUGGGAUUGCGAGGAUUUACUGCAGAACAGCUGCAGGGGGAGUGGUAGAGUUUUGUCUUCUCAACCCACUGGUCUAGAGUUGGACUAGAUAGGGUUCAAUAGUGGAAUUGAUGGCAAUUUCCCGUGUCCCCAAUAUUGUAUUAAUUUAAUAUUGUAUCAAAGAAUAUAAUGUAGGUAGACCGUGAAUGGCCUCACACCACUCUCUUCCCUACAGUAGGUGGCGGUGUAUGCACCUUAAAGUUGGAUGCAAUCCGACAACCAACUCCAAAACAAGAAGAAUUAAAGCAGGAAGUGAAUAGCUCGAGCGUUGGUUUAUUUUCCUCGUUGACAUGUGGCUCUAUAGACCGUAAAAUUCCCAAAUUACAGAUGGAGUUGAAUACGUUUCUUACUCAGCGGUUAACAGCGGCCGCUGUGGAGAUAUCGGCUGUCUUCGAAAAAAAGAUUGUCGAGUACCGGGUCGAAAUCUCCCGUUCGAAGGAGGAGAACAAACGUCUACAGCGGCUGUUGGAUUUGGUUUUCCACCCGGAAAUCAAGUUACGUCGAGCAGACUCCCAGCAGCACUCUCUUCCUGUCUCUGAAGAGGAGGUUCCCCAUGAGCAGCAGCACUGUGAGCAGGAGAGGAGCCCCAGUCAGGGGCAGGAGGACCCAGAGCCCACACAGAUUAAAGAGGAAGAGGAGGAAGUCAGGACCAGUCAAGAGGAAGACCAGCCUCAAGGGCUGGAACCUGAUACCAAAGACAUCUUAAUCCCUGCCUGUGUGAAAAGUGACUAUGAACAGGACCCACCUCUGCCCUCACAUCUUGACCAAACCUUGGAGAACAGAGAGAGGGACUCUCUACCCACCAACACAACUGAACAGAUCAAAACAGAACCUGAUGGAGAGGAUUACAGCAUAUCAGAACCAACCAGUGACUCUCAGCUCCUCUCUGCAGUAAAUCCAGACUGUUCUGCAGCUCAGAGUGAAAACGGUAAAGUUCAUCUGAGUCCCAGCACUUCUUCAGAACAAGAUUCUAGUAACGUGGAAUCAAAUGAAGCAUCUAGUUUCUCCACCUGGAGUGAGGACAACAUCUCCGUAACAGACAGAAACUCUUCAGACAGUAGCUCCUGCACUAAAGAAGACUCUGAGGCACGUAAACCAGCGAAGAGAACAUGCCAUUCUAGUGGUGUGGUGAAUGAACCAUCUGAUUUGUCCAACUUAUGUGAUGAAAACAACCCGGGGACUGAGAUCAGCCCUUCAGACGGAAACAAAGACAUGAACAUCCAAACAGACUCUGGGGCUCAUUAUCCAGCUAAGAGGAUCUGUCAGAGGGUGCAUGAUGCUGCCGUAGCAAGACGUGGGAGUGGAGAGAUGGCCUCCUGUUCCCGUCCCAAAGUGCCAGGAUCCACUCGACGUUACACCCACUGCUUGCACUGUCAAGGUCUGUACAUUCGAAAGUCACUACGGAAGCAUAUCAGAUACUGCCCUCUGAACCCCAAAGCUGAAAAACCAAAACCUGGACCAAAGAUGAGGAUUCAGUCAGCAAUGGCGUUUAAGAUGUGUCCUCAACCCGACUACGUCAGCACAGGUCUUUGGAAGAUCGUUUGUGGUAUGAAGUCCGGCCGAGUUUCAUUUGUGGUUAGAAAUGACAAAUGUAUCCUCCUCAUGGGAGAGGAGCUGUACAACAAACUACAACCAGAUGACAGAAGAAACAGAUACAUUCAACAAAGAAUGAGAGAGGUGGCAAGACUCCUCAUCACGGCCAGGACGUGUACCCUCUGAUGUGCUUUGAGGACUUGGUCAUACCUAGUAAUUUACCUCACGUCAUCACGGCAGUGAGAGCUGUUGCUGGCUACAACGAGGAGAACAAAACGUACGACCGUCCGACGCUGGCUGUUCAAAUGGGAUACAACUUAAUGAACAUUGGCAGAGCUGUGGAAUCCUGUGCAUUGACGUCAGGACGACACAAAGUCGCGGAGUCUGCUGGCAAAUUCAAAAGUUUCAAGUGGAAUGAGGUUGUUUUGGCUGGAGCACUGUCCACUCUCAGUGAACCCCAAAAUAAAUGCGCCCAGCCGGCCGUCGCACAGGUGCCCAGCCGGCCCGUCUCCCAGCGGAGCCGGCGCCCAGCCGACCCGUCGCACAGGCUCCCAGCAGGCCUGUCUCCCAGCUGAGCCGGCGCCCAGCAAACCCAAAGAAACACUGUGAGAUUAAAGAGGAUAGUUGAUGAGGGAGCAGCAGUAGAGAAACACAUAAUGCCGUUCAUAAAGAGUGGCCAAGUUCCUGGAAAGAGGGACUGCCUCAAAUGCCUCCAGUCAGAACCUGUGGCGCUCAAAAGCAGAAACUGGUCGGGCAUUAAGUUCUAUGUAAAUAGAGUCAAACGGAGACAGAGUACUGCAGCAAACUUGGGAGACAUCGGCCCUGACGGGGACUUCAAAUCAGGUCCAGAGACUGUCAACGCAACACCUUAGUCAUUGCGUUUCCCAGUCAGACUUCAAACCAGCCAGGGAUUUGAACCAGCGACUUUGUGUGUGGUGGGGGUUACAGGUACCAAUAUUUAAAUUCAUAUUCUGUUCAUAUAUUUUAUAUUCAUUAGUUCACACAUUGUACCUGUGGGUUGCCACUAAAAACAUUGAAGAAGAAAUUAACUUGCCACUUCCUGGUUGGUAAAAUUCUAAUGGUAAACCUAAUUUCAGUUUGUGACAAAACAAGCAAGUAUAGUGUAGACUACAGGAUCAUUGUACCAUCUAAACCGCUGUGAAAUAUAUUUUCCAUAAACAAAAAUAUAGUAUUUUUGUCUGUUUUGAAGCUGGUGUACAAAACUUGAAAGUAAAAGACGCAAAAAACAAAUCUUAAGAACGGGAAGCAUAGAAAUAGGGCACAUAGAACAGAUCUUCCGGCUUCCUAGAAUUGCUUUUCAGUGAGAGUGACAGAUCUAUAACUGUAAGUAGAGAUGGAGUCCUCCAUCGGGAUCUUGAGAGGCAGUAGGGCUUAUUUGGUUUUGAUACAUUUUUUAAAAUUUGAGAUUAAACUGAAUUUUAUCUAUGAUCUUCAAUGCAUUUGGGAGCAAUAGAGAUACAUUGUCUAGAUAUAGUACAAUAUCGUCUGCGUAUUGGUGUUAUUUUCUUUGAUUGAUCAAUGGCCUGGGCCAGGGGUUCCCAUGGAUACUAAAAUAACAAGGGAGAAAUAGAUCGCCUUGUCUGCUGCUUCUAGUGAUUCUGAACAGAGCACAUAUUGCCUGUUAUAACUAUGGCUGAGGGAUUGGCAUAUUAAUGAAAUUGGAGACAUUUUUCAAGACCGACCAGAGAUCUAACCAUUCUAGUUUAGUAAAAGCUUUUUCUGCACGGAGAGAUGAAACAGCCCAAGGCCCUGUUGAUUAUGAUGAAGCAUCGAAGAUAUGGAAUAGUCCACGGAUCUAAUCAGAGGAUAAAUAUAUAUAUAUAUUUUUUUACAAACCCGCUUCGGUCCUUGUGGACCAAUUUGGAUACGUAAGUCUUGAGACGGGAUGACAAUUUCAGUAGGCAGUUUUAAUAUCUGUGUUUAUCGAAGAUAGAGAGUACACUGGGUGACAUCCUUUAUUUUUGUAUAGGUGAAAUUAGUGCUGUAUUUACAUUUCUCCAAAAAUGAACCUGUGUGUGAACAGCUGUGUUAAUCAUUUAGAGCAAUAGUGGACCUAAUUGAGACCAGCGACAUGUUGGUUCCAGGCCCGUCUCUCUAACGCGAGGCUACCUGAUACCCCUAAGGACAUGUUUCAUGACCAAAUCUAUUUUCAGAUCAAACUCCUGUAUUUUCCUGUAUUCAUGUUACUAUUGAAUGAUUGUCUUUGUGAAAUCUUCUGCUUUGUUGUAUUGGGCUGGAUGCAUUCCUGUCUCUAAUAUGUUAUAGAGAUACCAAUAUCAGAUUUAAUGCCAGAGAUCAUGUCACAUUGCUACUUAAAGCCCCAUGCAGUGUUUAAAACAAUAUAUUUAAAUCAUCACUGUAUGAUUACUAAAUCACUGUGUUUAUUUCAGUAAAAUAACACUAUAUUUAAAAAAAAUAA